UCAAGAGCUUAAAAAAAUCCCAUGGUGCCCCCUCCGUCAUCCCCACAAAUUCCCCUCAGCCAAAAUAGCCGGUAGAAUAGCCUUUGUGAAGUCUGAAAAUGACCGGAUAACGGGGGUUUCCCGCGAAAUUUGCCGGUUUUCUAAACAAAAAGUAAAUUUAAUUAUAUUCUUUCGAAGAAAACUCCUGCGUUCUCUGCACUUCUUGCUUUGCAAACAAAAACUUUGACCAAUUUCCCUUGCUACUCUUUCUUCCUCAAAAUUUUAUAAACAUCUCUUUGAUUUAUUCAUUUAUUCAAAUUAAUUUUUAUUUUCAAAUAAACCCACUUGCUUAACUCAUCUUAAUCGUCAGAAAAACACUCGUCUUUAGUUUAUUAGUAGUUCAUUUUUUGUCCUGAUUUUUUUAUGUGAAGCUUGAAAUUAGUUGCAUUAGGUAGGAUGAUAAUAGUAUUUGGUGGCAGUCUCAUUUUACAUUCCUUGGUGAGCUUGAAUGGCAAAUGGCUACAAAGUUUAGAUAUUGAAAUGAUAACAUCAAGAAGUGGAAUAGUUCUUGUGGAGAGUAAAUUUGCAGAAGUAUGCAAAUUCAAGGAAGAAUGGAAUCUACAGAAGCUUUGAUAUUGGGGACGUAAUCAGUCAAGUAUAAGACGGAACUACAGGAGCAAAACAUGCCAGCUGAGGAGGAAGCUCAAGCUACUGGGAGAAGGAAUGUAUUAGUUGGGUUAAGAUUUGAUAACCAUGGCAGAGAACUGCUGAACUGGGCACUUGUGAAAGUUGCUGAACCUGGAGACUCUGUUAUUGCAGUUCAUGUUUGUCGAAGUUCCAGAGGUGCUUUGAAAGAAAAGCCCUUGUUGGAUAGUUACUUAGAAGUAUAUGAUGGCUUAUGUUCCCUAAAGAAGGUUGAUCUUAUCGGUCAGGUCUGCACAGGAAUUUCUGUUCAAAGGACUUUGGUUAGAGAGGCAAAGAUCCAUAAUGCUGUGGCUCUAGUUGUGGGGAUCAGCAAUCAAAGUGCUCUAGGGGGUUGGACUUCCACUGCUGGAUAUUGUACUAAGCGACUGCCUCCAACCACUGAUGUUUUGGCUAUCCGCAACGGCAAAAUCUUGUUUGGAAGGUGCAUCAGUUAUCAACUCUCAGGCCUCAGUGGAGAUCCAAGACCAAGUCUAAAUCUACUCAAAAGUCCCUUGCCUGAUGAUGUCCAGUCUGAGUUUGGAGGUUCUGAGUUAGAUACUGUAAAAUCUAGCAUUGAAGUUUUGACAAGAUGUGAGAGCCAAAACUCUAAAGACGAAAUCCCAACCCUUCCACAUGAACUUCAGAAGAGAUCAACUGCUUAUUUUACAGGAGAUAUUUUGGAUCAGAGACCUGGUUGGCCACUGCUUAGGAGAGCAACUUCAGCUAGUCUGAAGACCCUGCAGGCGAGGGAAUUGUCUGUGGUGCAAUGGGCAAUGAGCUUACCUGUCCGUUGGCCACAUAAAAGUCCUCUAGGUUCAAGCACAGAGAGAUCAUCUGAACGGGAGAGUAGUGACAGCUUGGAAGAGAGCAAUGAGAUUGGUGCUUAUGGAUCAGGGGAAUUGCAUUAUAGCUUGGAGAUUCUGCUGAAAACUAAUUUUUCUGGUUGCAAAUGGUUCAAUUAUGAGGUUUUGAAAACUGCAACUUCAAAAUUUUCCCCAGGGAACUUGAUUGGAAAAGGAGAAUGUAAUCGGGUUUACAAAGGAAUUCUUCCAGAUGGCAAGCAAGUGGCAGUAAAGAUUCGAAAGUCUUCCCCAGAAGCAAGGAAAGAUUUUGCUCAAGAAGUUGAAAUAAUCUCCUCACUGAACCACAAGAACAUUGUAAGUCUUGUGGGGGUUUGCAUCAGAGAUACUGAUCUCAUCUCUGUAUAUGAUUUGUUCUCUAAUGGAAACUUAGAGGAAAAUCUACAAGGUGAUAGCAAAGAUAAAUCUGCAGUAUCAUGGGAAAUGAAGUCUAAAAUUGCUAUCAAAAUUGCUGAAGCCUUAACUUACUUGCACAGUGAAUACUCACCUCCUGUUAUUCAUAGAGAUGUCAAAUCUUCCAACAUUCUUCUUUCAGAUGAGUUGGAACCUCAGUUAUCUGAUUUUGGGCUAGCUAUAUGGGGACCAACAACUUCAUCUUGUAUGACUCAAUGCGACGUAGUUGGAACAUUUGGAUAUCUUGCUCCUGAAUAUUUUAUGUAUGGGAAAGUCAGUGACAAGAUUGAUGUGUAUGCUUUUGGUGUAAUUCUACUUGAGUUAUUAUCAGGAAGAAGACCUAUUGGUCAUGAGACUUCUAAGAAUCAGGAGAGCUUGGUGAUGUGGGCAAAACCGAAAGUCGAUUGUGGAAAUGCAAGAGAUAUAUUAGAUCCAAAUUUAGACGAAUACUUUGAUGAGGAUCAACUGCAAAGAAUGAUUCUUGCAGCCAAACUCUGCAUUACACGUUCAGCUAGGCUUCGUCCUAAAAUGAUUGAGGUUUUGAAUCUCCUAAGAGGGGAUAAAGAUGCAGUGACAUGGGCGAAUCUUCGAAAUAAGGAUCUAGAGGAUAACGAAAACCAAGAGGAAAAUGAUGAUGAAGUUUAUCCAAAUUCUAGUGCAGAGUUACAUUUGAAUCUUGCAUUGCUUGAUUUGGAUGAUGAUUCUAUAUCAUCAAGUAGUUUGGAGCAAGGGAAUAAUCUUUGUGUGGAGGAAUACUUGAAAGAAAGGUGGAAUCAAUCACCAAGAUUCAACUAAUUUUGUUUCAAUACUCUCUUGAUUACUCUUUUACUGCUUGUUUCACAGCCAAAUUUUCCAUAAGCUUGUGGAACUGUACCUGUUCAGUAGAAGGAGCAAAACCAAUUUCAGGGUGUGUAACGGUAAAAUAUCUCAACUUUAAUUUAUAACACAAAAACCCAUGAUCAUUAAAAAUUAUGGGGAUUUCAUGUGCAAGUUAAAGUUGUUACCUUGCUGUUACACGCCAUGAGUUGAGGUAUAAUGCAAUUUACACGAUUUAAGAAUCGUAACAAGUCAUGUUCUAUGUGAUAAUGAAUGGAUCAAGAUCCUUCGCCUUUAGGAACUCUUUUUUGUUUUUUCAACAUAUCCUAUCGUGGAAAUAAAUUAAAAAGC